AUGCAUGAUGUGAGUUAUUACCAACAGUUAGUAGGUAAACUUAUAUAUCUCAUCAUCACACGUCCAGAAAUCACAUAUGCAGUGAGCGUGGCAAGCCAAUUUAUGCACUCUCCUACUGUUGAUCACCUUCAUAUUCUUAAAAGAAUUUUGCGCUACCUCAAGGGGUCAAUAGGGCAAGGGAUCAUCAUGCGGAACAAUAAGUCCAUUACCAUUGGUGGAUACACGGAUGCAUAUUGGGCAGGGAAUGUACUUGAUAGAAAAUCUACCACUGGUUAUUGUACAUUUGUGGGGGGUAAUCUUGUUACUUGGAAGAGCAAGAAGCAACAAGUAAUUGCUCGUUCCAGUGCAGAGGCUGAAUAUCGAGCCAUGACAGCCACUGCAUGUGAACUUAAUUGGCUUAAAGGGCUUCUUUCAGACUUAGGGUUCCUUACUCCGUCCUCUAUGUCCCUUAUGUGCGAUAAUCAAGCAACCAUGCAUAGUGUUGCCAACCCCUGUGUUUCAUGA